CGCGGCUUCGGUGUGGUUGAAAUCAAAUCAAAAUGGGUUGUGCAGUGAGUAGAGAUAAGGAAGCCAUCGAGCGGUCGAAAAAUAUUGACCGUGCGCUACGUGCCGAUGGUGAAAGGGCGGCCAGCGAGGUGAAGCUGUUGCUUUUAGGAGCGGGCGAGUCGGGCAAAUCUACGAUCGUAAAACAGAUGAAAAUCAUACACGAAACUGGCUACUCGCUGGAGGAAUGCGAACAAUAUCGGCCGGUCGUGUACAGCAACACCAUACAGAGCCUGAUGGCGAUCAUUCGGGCGAUGGGGCAGCUGCGGAUCGAUUUUGCCGACCCGAGCAAAACGGAUAUCGCGCGCCAAUUCUUCACGUACGCAUCGGCAACGGAAGCGGAAGGCGAGCUGACACCGGAGCUGGUCGCGCUGAUGAAGAAACUGUGGACCGACCCGGGCGUGCAGCAGUGCUUCGGGCGUUCCCGCGAAUAUCAGCUAAACGAUUCGGCCGCAUACUAUCUGAAUUCGCUCGAUCGUAUCUCGCAGCAGAACUACAUCCCGACGCAGCAGGAUGUACUGCGAACGCGCGUCAAAACGACCGGCAUCGUGGAGACACACUUUAGCUUUAAGUCCAUACAUUUCAAAAUGUUCGAUGUCGGUGGCCAGCGAUCGGAGCGAAAGAAGUGGAUACAUUGCUUCGAAGGUGUUACGGCCAUUAUAUUCUGUGUGGCAUUAUCGGGAUACGAUUUGGUGCUUGCAGAGGACGAAGAAAUGAACCGUAUGAUCGAAUCGAUGAAGCUGUUCGAUUCGAUAUGCAAUUCCAAGUGGUUCGUCGAAACGUCCAUCAUACUGUUCCUCAACAAGAAGGAUCUGUUCGAAGAGAAGAUCGUACGAUCGCCGUUGACAAUCUGUUUUCCAGAGUACACCGGUUCCAACACGUACGAGGAAGCAUCCAGCUACAUCCGGAUGAAGUUCGAAAAUUUAAACAGACGAAAAGAUCAGAAGGAAAUCUACACCCACCUAACGUGCGCCACCGACACCAGCAACAUUCAGUUCGUGUUCGAUGCCGUCUCGGAUGUGAUCAUCAAGAAUAAUCUUAAGGACUGUGGGCUGUUUUAA